AUGCAGGUUACUCCAGUAUCGAAGAAGGAGGAGGGUGUAUUGGGAGAGGUGCCAAAGACUGAACCCACACACAUUAUAGUACAAUAUAAACUAGGAUCAAAACCUCAACUUGAGAAAAGUAUACGAAAUGGAGAAGUUGUGAUUGGACGUCUGCAUGUGUACAAACAUCACAUGUCAGGCCUUGCAUUUGUCAGGAGUCCUGCAUUUCCAUCUGAUAUUGUGGUGGAUGGUAUGGAUAACAGAAAACGAGUCUUGCAUGAUGAUAUUGUCGCUGUAAGACUCCUCACAGGAAAACGAGAAGGUGGAAAAGGGGCAAAAGAAAAUAAUAAUGAUAAUAAUAAUAAUAAUAAUAAUAAUAAUAGUAAUAAUAAUAAUGGUGGUGAGGAGAAUGAGAAUGAGGACAACCACAACAUCCGUACGAAUGAUCAAAGCAAAGAAGAUGAUGAAGAAGAAGAAGAAAUAGAAAUAGAAGAAGAAGAUGAUGAAGAAUUUGAUGAAGAAAACCCGGAAGAUGAUGGGAAACCAGUGGAUCAGGUAUCGGAAGGACGUCCUAUUACUUCUUGGAUAAAAGACACUACACAGAAAACAGUAAUCUCUCCAGAAUUGCAAUUGGCUCAAUCUUUGUCGGCUCCCACUGUAUACAAUUGGGGAAAUGAACAACCACGUGGUACAGUGAUGGCUGUACUGAAACGACGACUUCCAAUAUUUGUUGCCGCACGUCUUAUGAAGAAUGCAUUACCGCCUGGAGAAAUGAUACAAAGUAAUCGUUAUUAUUUAUUUAAGAGUUUUAAUCGUCUCAUGCCAAAUAUUGCUGUGUAUGGACGUGAUAUUCCAUCAUUAUAUCAUAAAACACUCUAUGAUUAUUUUUUCCACAUUCGUCUCGUAACGCAAGAGAAUGGAGAUGCUUAUUGGACAGGAAAUAACGCCCUUACGGGUAAGAUUGUACGUGUACUUGGAGGAGCAGACUCUAUACGAACAAACAGUUUCGCUCUUUGUAAUGCUAAUGGGAUUGAUAUGAGUGAUUUUUCAGAGGAAGCAUAUGCAUGUGUGCCAGAGGUAUUUAAUGUACCGGAUAAAGAGGCAUUAAAACAAAUGCGACGUCGUGAUCUUCGUGAAGAGGAAUUUGUCUGUAGUAUUGAUCCCUCAACUGCACGUGAUUUGGAUGAUGCCUUAAGUAUUACCACCACACCGGGUGGAUAUCGGGUUGGUGUGCAUAUUGCGGAUGUUUCUUACUUUGUUCCUGCAAACUCCGCAUUGGAUGAGGAGGCACGUGGACGAUCCACUAGUGUUUAUCUUAUUGAACAAGUGAUUCCCAUGUUACCACGAAAAUUAAGUGAAGAUUACUGUAGUUUAAAUCCAGGAAGUGAUAAGUUUGCUUUUUCGUGUAUUUUUCACUUUGAUCAUCAUGGUAAACUUACAUCUGAAUGGUUUGGACAAAGUGUCAUUCGCAAUCGAUGUCGUCUCGCAUAUGAAGAAGCCCAACGUAUUCUAGAUGGUGAUUUAACUGUUCUUGACACACUAGACUAUGGAGGGGAAGAAGAUACUGAAAAAUUACAACAUCUUAAAGAACGAGUAAAUGAUAGUAUUCAAACAUUAUUUAAACUUGCGUCAAAGUUACGAGCUAUGAGUAUUGAGCGUGGACGAGUUUCCAUUGGUAAAAGAAAGAUACGUUUUGAGUUUGAAGACAUUUCAAACCCUUCACUUGCAUUAGGUUUUAAUAUUGAGCAACAAAUAGAAAGUAAUUGGUUGGUGGAAGAAUUUAUGUUACUUGCAAAUAGACGUGUAGCAGAGAAAAUCGUAGAAUAUAUGCCUGAACAAGCUUUACUACGAUGUCAUGGGGCACCAUUUUCUUCUAGUAUAAAUAAAUUAAGAAAAUCUCUUGCUCAUGUAGGACUUUUUCUACAAGGAAGUUCAAAUAAAUCUUUACAAACACUUCUUAAUAGUGCAAAGGGAACGGAUAAUUAUGAUAGUGUUUGUGUAGCAGUUAAAUAUGUUAUGCAAUCUGCUAAAUACUUUGUAAAUGGACAAGAAGAGAUGGUAUGUAAAGGUCAUUAUGCACUUGCAUUACCAUGGUAUACACAUUUCACUUCACCUAUUCGACGUUAUUGUGAUAUUAUCGCACAUCGACAAUUAUUAUGUGCACUUGAGAUUGAAUCUAUAGUAAAGAAAAGUCGUCAUCGCAUUUUGCCUGGUAGUAUAGAUGUGGAUGAUCUAGAGACUAAAGAUUUCUUUUACUCCGUUUCUGAAAUUGAUACCAUUGUUGAAAUGGCUAAUGUAAAGAAAUUAAAUGCUCGUACAGUAAGUGACGUUUCGGAGGGUUUAUUCCUUUGCUUUUAUUUACAAGCAUUAAAAAGAAGUUUGGAUGCUGACAUUCACACUCGAGGGACAUUUGAUAAUCCUCGUGUGGAAGUGACGAUUGUACAGUUAAAGGGAAAUAGUGAAAGCAUUAAACUCUACGCACGGGAAAUUGCCCAGGAGGUGGAGAUUAGCCUGCGGAGUAAAGAACAACGGUUUACAUAUAUAAAAGGAGGAGAGACAACAAAGGAAACAGCAGCAGCAGUGGAUAAGAAUGAAAAAGAGGAAAAACCAAAACAGGAAUCACAUGGAAAAAAGAAAGAAAAAGGACAACAACAACAAGAACAACAACAAGAAAAAGAAAAAGAAGGUGAAAAGAAAAUGCGAAAAGCGAAAAAGCCUACUGGAGAUAAUGCUUUAACAUUUCGCAUCAAUUGGGGACCACACCCCGACACGGGUGAAGAAGUGGAAGAAGAACUGCGACUAUUAAAGGAACUCACUGCUGUAUUGACUACAUGGUCUCCAAAUGGUUAUGUGGAGCUUAAUAUGAUCAUUGACCCUCCAUGGGAAAGAACAAAUAAACUUACAGGCAUUCCAACAAAACUGGAGGAGAAAUAA